AUGGUGGUCUGCACUUUUUACCAGCAGAACCGAUGUAGAUUCGGAGAUCGCUGCAAAUAUGAACAUCCGGGGAGACCAGGCUCCGGCAACUCAUUUGCUGCCCUCGCGGGAGGUGGUUUUCAACAAGGUACGCCGUAUGGCUUGACAGUCAGCGACAUCAAGAUCGACUUGACGGAGGGAAAGGGUCGACCGGAAUGGAUCUUCUCCUGCUACGGACCGGGGCGGAACGCCCCGAGACAGCUAUUUGGAGGUCCUCAGCGGGAGAUGAGCUUUGAGGAACUCCGGCUGCAUCAUUACGAACUUGCUGCCGCUGGAAACGCCCAAGGUGCUAUCCAAGAAGCCCAGAACAUGUAUAGCGAACAUGUUAAACAGAUGGAGAUCAUCUUAGGCGAUCUGAACGGAGCCAUCAAAUACAUCACUGACGGUGAGAAUGAACACCCGAAUCGCAUUGAUAUCGCCGAGGGUAAGACGGCCCUUUCCUUUUCGGGCCUUGGGCAGUCGCCGUUUGGAAAGCCUCAAGAGCCCACACCACCCCCAGACCAAAUGUCUGGAUUUGGCAAACUAGCACAGCCUGGCUUUGGCAAACCAUCCGGCUUUGGCCAGCCGUCAUUUGGCCAGCCGUCCUUCGGUCAGCCAUCAUUUGGCCAACCUUCCGCUGCUGGCCAGGCUGCUUUCGAGAAGCCGGCUUUUGGACAACCUUCGUUUGGCCAGCCUGCUCCGAUGGGGACGACGGGGUUCGCGGUUCCUCAGAACACCCAAAGUCCAUUUGCUCAGAUGGCCAAUAAGUACCAGGGUCAGAACACUGGCUUCGGCCAAUCUGCUUCGAGCGCUUCGCCAUUUGCACAGAUCAACAACCAACAACCUCAGCCCCAGCCCCAGCCCCAGCCCCAACCUGCUGCGCCGUCUGGCUUUGGCUUCAACAAGCAACCGGAGCAGCCUGCUCAGCCGCCAAAUCCUUUUGGGCAACCCGUGACUGCUCCGCCAUCAUACAUCAAUCGUCAACAAGAGCAACCACCACCGCAGCAACAGGCUUCAGCCCCGACAAUAGGGGCAGACGCCGGAGCUCAGCCGUUUAUCAAGGUUGAUGAUCCUAACGAUCUAAUGCCCAUUCCGCCUUUGAACGGCCAAACAACCCGGAAUCCUAUGACAAACAAAUUGGCAUCUUGGAAAGGUCAGCCGGUGAAUUACAUUGAUAGCGUGCCGUGCUAUCUACAUCCUCAGGAUCAGAAAACCUGGGUUCGCAUAUUCUUUCCUGACGGCCCACCGGACGAGGCUAGCUUGAGGGACGCCUAUGGAGAACCAGACGAGUACACGCCGGAGGUGGCCGAGCAGUACGACUUCUUUGCGAAGAACGGAUACUUCAAAGACGGCAUCGUCCCUAGUGUCCCUCCGAAAAGAGAGAACGUGAGCUUUGACUUUUAG